GGCUGCUUCAAGUUUCAGACCUCUUGGUCUCUCACCAGUCACCAGACAGGCAGAGACGCCUUGACUCUUGAGAGAGAGAGAGAGAGAGAGAGAGAGGUGGUGGGAAAAGAUGUUGUUUCAGGUAGGAGGGCAAGGGACGCGUCCGACGUUCUUCGAAAUGGCCGCGGCUCAGCAGCUCCCGGCCAGUCUCAGGGCUGCCCUAACUUACUCUAUCGGUGUCCUGGCUCUAAGAAGACCAUUUCUCCACAAGGUGUUAGACUAUGAGGAUGAGUUCUUUGCACUGCUAAUGAUGAUCCUUGAAGGUCAUAGUUUACGAACUACAGAUGCAUCCUUUUCAGAAUCUCUCUAUGGAUUACGAAGGAGGGCAGUAAAGAUUGCGGUAAACAAGGACAAUACUCAAAUGGACUCUGGUGAUAGACUCCGCCUCUCUGGAUUAGAAAAGCACCAAAAAGUUCUCUCAGUUGCAUUUCUGGUUGUUUUGCCAUAUUUUAAGUCAAAAUUGCAUUCAAUAUAUAAUAAACAAAGGGAAGCCGCACUUCAAGCAACUUUAUGGGGAAAUGAUGAUGCAAGUUUUGGUGACGUUGACUAUUUUGAUGGAGGGGAAACUUCUGUUGCUCGGAGAGGCUUGUUAGAUCCCGAGGCAUCAAACUGGACACGUAUAAGAAAGAGAAUUGAGGCAAUUAUAGGUGUUUGCUACCCAUGGCUACAUGCAGGCAAUGAAGGAAUGACAUUUGCUUAUCAGUUGUUAUAUCUGUUGGAUGCAACCGGCUUUUAUUCUCCUGGGCUACAUGCACUUGGGAUUCACGUCUGUCGUGCAACAGAACAGGAGCUGAUGGAUACUUCUUCUAGAAUUGCAAGGAUAAGAAGUCGUGAACGUGAGAGACUUCGGGGCCCUCCUUGGUUAAAGGCAUUACAAAGAGUUUUACUCAGCUGUAUAUAUACAACGCUAGACUAUGCACAGACUGGUCUAAUAGCAGCAGUAUUCUUUUUCAAAAUGAUGGAAUGGUGGUACCAAUCUGCUGAGGAAAGAAUGUCAGCACCAACUGUGUACCCCCCUCCCCCUCCUCCACCACCCCCUAAGGUUGCCAAAGAGGGGAUUCCUUUGCCACCCGACCGAACAAUUUGCCCCCUGUGCUCCCAGAAGCGUGCAAAUCCAUCAGUAGUAGUAGUAUCAGGGUUUGUCUUCUGUUACACCUGCAUAUUCAAGUAUAUUUCACAGUAUAAGCGCUGCCCUGUCACAUUGAUACCGGCCACUGUUGACCAGAUUAGGAGACUCUUUCAUGACAUGUAGCACUUCUAGUUGCAAUUUGUAAGGGUUCACUUCUAUGAGAUUUGUAAUAGCCAUGUUGGAUAUGUACUUUUAUAAGUGGGACUUGGGCCACCCCUCCCUAAUUGAAUACUCUAUCAUUAUCCUUUUUGUGGUGUUUCAUUCCCGUAAAAUGUUUCUGCCUAA